CGCACUCUGAACUCGGAUGUGUCACGUGAUCUCUGCAGAAUCAUCAUGGCGGCUCGCAGUGUGUUCGCUCCUGGACUGUUCAGGGACAAAGUCGCCAUCGUGACCGGAGGGGGCUCCGGGAUCGGGAAAGCCAUCGCGGCCGAGCUGCUGGCACUAGGCUGCAGCGUCGUCAUUGCCUCCCGCAAACUGGAGCGGUGUAAAGAGACCGCCCGGGAUCUGGUGUCACAGAUCAGCCCCCCGGACCCCUCCAUGGUGACCGCUCUGCAGUGUAACAUCCGCAAGGAGGAGGAGGUGCAGUCGCUGGUGAAAUCCACUUUAAACCUUUACGGUCGCAUCGACUUCUUGGUCAACAAUGGCGGAGGACAAUUCCCGAGUCCAAGCGAAGCAAUUACUUCGAAAGGCUGGAACGCCGUGGUGGAGACCAACCUGACCGGCACCUUCUAUUGCUGCAGAGAAGUGUACAACACAUGGAUGAAGGAGCAUGGCGGCGCCAUCGUGAACAUUGUGGCAGACAUGUGGAAGGGAUUUCCUGGCAUGGCGCACACGGGAGCAGCACGAGCCGCUGUGGACAACCUGACAAAAAGCCUCGCUAUUGAAUGGGCUCACACUGGUGUCCGGAUCAAUUCUGUUGCUCCUGGAACCAUCUUUUCGAAGACUGCCACUGAGAAUUACGGAGACAUGGGGCCCAAUAUGUUCCACAGCUUUAUCCCUAAUAUUCCAGCUAAGAGACUCGGACUCCCUGAAGAGAUCUCGCCGAUGGUUUGUUUCCUGUUGUCUCCUGCCGCUUCCUUCAUCACUGGAGAGACUGUGAAGGUCGACGCCGGGCAAAGCCUGUACCACAGCAGUUGGCAAGUGCCAGAUCACAGCAGGUGGCCAGAGGCUCCAGAUGGGGAGAACGCCAAAGCUUUGAAGAAAAUGAUUGCAGACAUCCCCUCUCCAAAGAUGUGAUGUCUGGGGCUGGGCUCUGGAAGGUCGCCAUGCCACCUGGCUUAAUUGCCAAGCUGAACGAAUGCACUAAUGAACGUGAUGCCUUAUUAUCAGAUGACUGGGUAAAUGCAGAAUAGAAAUGGCCAGACCCAACAACCAUCUAAUGUGUAUGGGGGGGGGGGUCUUCUGACUCUUCCCUGAUGGCAGGGGUUGGGGGAGAUGAGGAUUGGACAAGUUGGAUUUCAUCAUGGCUGAUUCUUUUAUUCUCAGCGGAGAAAAAACAAGUGCUUUCUCCCCAUUCUGCAAACAUGCAUGCUCAGCUGAGCUUGCAUGUGUAUGAAGGGAGAGAGAGCUGCUGGCCAAACGCUCUAAUGUGCAUGGCUGGCCUAAAGAUAGGGAUACACUUGGACUUUGAUGAAUCGCUCCUACAUUUCUAAGAGAUUUCAAAGAAUUUUUGAGCAUGUGAUUGGGCGGGUACCACUGUAAGAAUAGAGUGACGGUCAGACAUGUGCGCUGCCGCUCCGGGCAUCUCUAUAGGACUGCCGGGGACAGCUGAGUGGAGUGUCAGUGUGCAUGCAUGACCACGGCUUCAUUCAUACAGUGGCACCCCCGCCAUUGAAUCACACGUUUAUAAUGUACACUGCACUCAGAAAGUCUUCAGACACUUUCACUUUUUUCACGUUUUGUUAUGUUGCUACUUGUGCUAAAAUAAAACAAAAUCAGGUUUUCCCAUCAUUCUGUACUGAAUUCCCCCAUAAUGAGAAAGCGAAAACAGAAUUUUAGAAAUAUUUGCAAAUUUAUUAAAAAGGAAAUAACAAAAAUUUCAUAUGGACAUAAGUCUUCAGCCCCUUUUACUCGGGUCUUAGUUGAAGACCCAUUGGCAGUGAUUCCAUUCCAUGGGGAUGAUACCACAAGGUUUACACCUGGAUUUGGGGAUUUCGUUCCAUUCUUCUCUGCAGAUCCUCUCCAGCUUUGUCAGGUUGGCUGGGGGCCCUCGUGGACAAUGAUGUUCCAUUGCAUUCAGGGCUCUGGCUGGGCCACUCAAGGACAUUCGCAGAGCUGUCCAUAAGACGCUCCUUCCUUGUCUUGGCUGUGUGCUUAGGGUCAUUGUCUGAGGUCCAGAGCUCUGGAUCAGGCUUCCAAUAAAGGUUAUGUACACGUUUUGGGGCAGUUAUAAAUUAUUGCAUUGUACUCAUUUUGAGCUUAAAUAAUUUUUUUCAAUUGGCCUUUAUGAAAAAUAUUGAGCCCCUGUCUCUGUACAGCCUUGAGAUUUUGUAGUAGCAUGCUCUGUGUUUUCACUGUAGCUCAGCUGACGGCUCCUUAUCUCUGCUCUCUGACAUUAUAAGCACUCAUUAUAACUCAAUUCUUAUCUUACUUAUAAGAAUGUGGCUUAAACAAGUCUUUAUGACCAAUUAACAAUUUAGAGAUAAGGGUUCUUAGAUGACACAAAGUUAAGAUAAAAAGUACAAUUCACACCACUAGACAAAUAGUUAACCCUUUGUGACAAAACGGCUGAAUUUGUUUUAGUAAAGACCAAUUAAAAAAAAUUAGUUUUAGCCAAAUGAGUAAAAGGCAAUCAUAAAAAUGUUGCCCCUGAAGGUGUACAUAGCCAUAGGAAUAUUUCUGUAGUUUGCUCCAUUCAGCUUUCCCUCCACCCUGACCGGUCUCCCUGCCCCCCAGCUUGCAAGAUGCUGUCACCAUUGCUUCACUGUAGGGAUUGUAUUAGGCAGGUGAUGAACGGCGCCUGGUUUCCGCCAGACAUGACGCUUAGAAUUGAGGCCAAAAAAGUUCCAUCUUGGUUUCAUUUAUGUGUCUUUUACUGGUAAGAGGCUUCUUUCUGCCAGAUUGGUGGAGGCUGCGGUGAUGGUCGACUUUCUGGAAGUUUCUCCCAUCUGCACACAGGAUCUCUGGAGCUCAGCCAUGAGUGACCAUUGGGUUCCUGGUUACCUCUCUUACCAAGUCUCCCCUGAUUACUUGCAGCAGAAAUGUUUUUGUCCUCGUCUCCAGAUCUGAGCCUCCACACAAUCCUGUCUCUGAGAUCUAUAGGCAGUUCUUUCUUCCUCAUGGCUUGGUUUUGGCUCUGAUGCAUCGUCAGCUGUGAGACCUGAUACAGACGGGGCUGUGUCUUUCCAAAUUGUGUCCAAUCUGCUUAAUUUACCACAGGUGUCUCCAAUCAAGGUGCAGAACAUCUCAAAGAUGAUCAAGAGAAAUGGGAGGCCCCGGAGCGAAAUGUCAAGUGUCACAGCAAAGGGGCUGAAUGUCCAUGAUAAACUUUAGUUUUACUUUUUUUAAAUAAUAUUACAAACAUUUCUAAAAUCUUGUUUUCCCCUCGUCGUUAUGGGGUAUUGAGAGCAGAAUGAUUGGAGGAAACUGGAUUUUUUAAAAUUUUAUUUAAGAUUUUAGCUCAAGGAGCAAAAUAACAAAAUGUUCAAAAGCAAAAGGGUCUGAAGACUUUCCAAAUGCAGUGUAUCCUGUGGAUGGGUGAUACUUUCUUAUGCAGAGAUCACCCCUUUAAGGAUGCUUAUGUGUAAAGAUGGAAGCAUCGCUGCACAGAACAAGAUGUAGCUGAGCCGACUGUGUGACAUAGACUCUGUCACUACACUGUAAGGCAGAAAGGUCAGUGAUUGGUUAUUCUCCUGGACCUGCUGGAUUAUUACGUCUUCUGGAUUACUAGACGGAUAGCGAUAUUGAACUCAAACUGAUUUGUUUGACGCAGAGAAAGAAAACCACGUAGUCCUUGUUUCUGAUGCCUCCUGAUUUUGACACCUCACACUGCCAUUUGUUACUGCCAUAUUCAUCGGGGGUGGGGGUGUCCCUCUGAAGCUGCAAAACUGCAGGGAAUUCUCCUUUAUUAUAAUGCUAUGUUCCUUAGGCCGCUGUCACACGAGCGUAUUGAAAGCCAUCCGUAUUCUGGCUCUGGAUUACGCUUGGAUUCCAGAUGAUAAACCAUCAGUAUUGCUUCAGUAAUUCAUCAGGAUUUAUGCGCGUAUUCCUUCCUCCCUGUAUUUUUUAUGAACUCCCAUAGACUAUAAUAUUUGGAAACCAAUCCACACAAAACUCAGACAUGUUGCGGAUUUCAAAUACUGACGGAAAUGAUACGCCCAUGUGAAUAGCUCUAUUCAUUAACAUUCGCAGCGGAUUCUGGUACAUAAAACCCGGGCCGUGUAUGGAUUGCAAAUACGCUCCAGUGUGAGAGUUUGCUAUCUGUGAGCUGUUUAUCAGCAGCCUCUAUCCUGAUUGUUUGCUACAAUGUAUCAGUGCAGGAAAGGUAUAGCUAUCUGGAGCGCACAGAGGAUGUCUAGGCUGCAUACCAUUGUAACAAACGCUCAGCUAUGAGAAGUAUUGGGUCUGUAUGGGUUUUAUACAAGGAGUCAGUCACUGACUGCAAGUAGAGAUACGGUAAGAAACUGAAAUAAAAAACGUCCCCGUUGAUUUCUUAGACUAAACCAGAUGUGCGCUGCCUGAUCUGUAACUGGUGAAUAAUUAUAACUCAAAUGACGCCAUAAUAAUAAAGAUACUUUAUUUUACUGCA